AUGUCAGACGAGGUGAUACAUAGAGUGUCACCCGAAAACGCCGCUCCGCCGAACGAUGCGGAGCCUAGGAAUAAAAGCGCUGCCAGCAAGGCCUCACCCUCACUUGUCGAUGGCUUCACAUGGGGCAAUUUUACCUGCACUCAGUCCACAGGCGGCGUGGCACUUAUGUUAUCUCAAACUCCCUAUCGAUUCCGCGGCUUACAUACCAUCGGCGUCGUGGUCUUCAUACUUAAUCUAGUUCUGUUCAUCCUCUUCUGCGCAGCUAUGACCUAUCGGUUCGCGCGGAGACCUGCCAGCUUCUGGAAAUCUGUCACAAAACCCCCCGAAGCCUACUUCACUGGCUCACUAUGGCUCUCGAUGGCGACCAUCAUCAUGGGUAUCCAAAGCUUUGGCGUUCCUCAUGCCGGCUCCUGGCUCAUCGAUGCCGUUCGGGUUCUUUUUUGGAUUUACGGGGCUAUUACUUUGACCUAUAACAUCGUCAUCUUCGUGGCCAUGUUCUCUCUCGCCCCCUUCACGCCUGGUAGCAUGAGCUCACCAAUGUUUCUAAUGAUUUACAACGCCAUGCUCACCGGCACUGUGGCGUCGGUGAUCGCAGCCGACCAACCUCCCUCGCAGCGAAUGGCAAUUAUUGUUGCUGGUGUUGCCUUCGAGGGUCUUGGGUGGAUCUUAUGUCUUCUUUUUCUUCCUCACUUCGUCGGCAACCUACUCGUCAACGGUCUUGGUCCGGUAAAUCUAAGACCCGGCCUCUUUAUAUCCGUGGGUUCUGCAGGUUAUACCAUCAUAGCCCUCAUCGGAUGCGCCAAGGCAAUUCCGGAUGGACGUGGAUACUUCGCGAAACAUCCUACUGCCGCCGAGACGUUAAGAAUCAUGGCAUUGUGGAUAGGCAUAUUUCUUUGGCUAUUUACCUUCUGGCUCUUUGCAGUCGCAGCGGUCGCACAUGUGCCAAUCUUGGUUUCGAAACUACGCGGUGAUAGAUCUCAGUCGCAGAUGAGUUUUGUGCUUCCUUGGUGGGCCAUAGUUUUCCCGAAUGUUGGGUUUACAAUUGCUACGGGGUAUGUUGGUGAGGAACUGGAAUCGGACGCUAUAGCUUGGGUCGCGACGGUUAUGACUGCUUUAGUGUUUCUGGCGUGGCUGAUGGAUAUGUAUUUGCAUCUGAAAUCGAUACUUCAGAAGCGAAUCAUGUAG